GCGGUCACGCUGCGGGUGCUCCUCAAGGACGCGCUGCUGGAGCCCGGCGCCGGGGUGCUGUCCAUCUACUACCUGGGGAAGAAGUUCAUGGGCGACCUGCAGCCAGAUGGGAGGAUCGUGUGGCAGGAAACCGGCCAGGUCUUCAACUCACCCAGCGCCUGGGCCACCCACUGCAAGAAGCUCGUGAACCCCGCCAAGAAGUCGGGCUGCGGCUGGGCCUCUGUCAAGUACAAGGGCCAGAAACUGGACAAGUACAAGGCCGCGUGGCUGCGGCGGCACCAGCUGCACAUGCCCACGGCUGCUGCUGACGAGAGCCCAGCCAGCGAAGGGGAGGAGGAGGAGCUGCUGAUGGAGGAGGAGGAAGAGGAGGUUCUGGCGGGGGUCUCGGCGGAGGACAAGAGUCGGAGGCCCCUGGGGAAGGGCCCCUCAGAACCUGCCCACCCAGAGGCCGUGCCCUCGGGGAAGCGGGUGGAAAACAAAAUCCGCGUGCCCGUCCGCUACUGCAUGUUGGGGAGUCGCGACUCCGCCAGGAACCCCCACACCCUGGUGGAAGUAACGUCCUUCGCGGCGAUCAACAAGUUCCAGCCGUUCAACGUGGCCGUCUCUAGCAACGUGCUGUUCCUGCUGGACUUCCACAGUCACCUGACGCGGAGCGAGGUCGUGGGUUACCUGGGGGGCCGCUGGGACAUCAACAGCCAGACGCUCAGCGUGCUGCGAGCCUUCCCCUGUCGCAGCCGGCUCGGGGAUGCUGACACCGCAGCCGCCAUCGAGGAGGAGAUCUCCCAGAGCCUGUUCCUGCGUGGCCUGUCCCUGGUUGGCUGGUACCACAGCCACCCGCACGGCCCGGCGCUGCCGUCGCUGCAGGACAUCGACGCGCAGAUGGACUACCAGCUGCGGCUGCAGGGCUCCAGCAACGGCUUCCAGCCCUGCCUCGCGCUGCUCUGCUCCCCUUACUACUCCGGCAACCUGGGCCCCGAGUCCAAGAUCGCGCCCUUCUGGGUGAUGCCUCCUCCCGAGCAAAGGCCGAGUGACUACGGCAUCCCCAUGGACGUGGAGAUGGCCUACGUCCAGGACAGCUUCCUGACUAACGACAUCCUCCACGAGAUGAUGCUGCUGGUGGAGUUCUACAAGGGCGCCCCUGACCUGGUGAGGUUCCAGGAGCCCUGGGACCAGGAGCACACCUACCUCGACAAGCUCAAGAUCUCCUUGGCCAGCAGGACGCCCAAGGACCAGGGUCUGUGCCACGUGCUGGAGCAGGUGUACAGCGCCCUCAAGCAGGGCAGCUGAGGGCCCCAGCGGCUCUGGGUGACUGUUCCGGGCUUCGCCGUUGCUCUGUCACUGAGUGACUUAGCGGAGGCUCCGACAAUAAAGGAAGGAGAGCAGCAACCCGCUGGUGAGCUCGUUUCCCUGGGUGAG